GUCAGUCAACAUGCUCGCACGCAUUUGCAAUAGAGCAUUAAAAAACCAGUCUUCUAAAUUGACAGUUCAAUUUCAACAAAGGAAAUUUUCAUCUGGAAAAAAAUUUAAGGAAGUUGAAAUUAAAGUACCAUGGGGUAAAUUAGCUGGUAAACAUUGGGGACCAACAGAUGCACCGCCAAUAAUAGCUUUGCAUGGCUGGCAGGACAAUUCAUGUUCUUUCGAUCCCCUCGCAGUAAACUUACCAUCAAAUAUAUCUCUGUUAGCUAUAGACCUUCCUGGUCAUGGAUUCUCCAGCUGGAUCCCCAAAGGGCUCAUGUACAAUACUCUUCUGUACGUCCAAACAAUUCAUCGCAUAAAAGAAUACUUUGGAAUGGAAAAAUUUGGGCUGAUGGGCCACUCUUUAGGCGGCAUGGUAACUUUCAAUUAUACGUCAUUAUUUCCUGACAACGUUAAAUUUGUAGUAGCCUUUGACUACUUCAAGUACCCAUCACUCAACGCCGUAAAACAUCUACCGUUAUUCGCCAGAGAAUGGAAUCAGUUUUUCAGCUAUGAAAAAUUUACGACGCCUGUUCCAAGCUAUGCCGAGGAGGAAGCGAUAACACGAUGGAUAAAAGCCUCCAAGAACUCGCUGGACGUUGAAUUAUGUAAAAUAUUGAUGGAGCGCGGUGUUACUAAAAAAAAAGACGGUACUUUGUACUUUCACCGCGAUCCACGAGUCAAAUUAUUUUUGACGGACACAGGAUACACGCAUGACCAUCUGAAAUUACUCGCCCGUCAAAUUCACUGCCCCUACAUGAUAAUAAAAGGUGAAAAUUCGAAACACAACGAGCCCAAAGAAUUUUACUAUGACGUACUCGAAGAAUUGAAAGAAGUCUCUGAUGACUUUCGCUUCCACACCGUACCUGGGACGCAUCAUUUUCAUAUGAGCAAUGCUGCCACUGUUUCGGAGAUAAUGAAUCCUUUUAUAUCUAAAUACGCUUAA